AUGGAAAACGAAACUGUUGACAUGGAUAUCCUACAGCUGGAGGGGUUAAAGGUCAGCCCCCAGUCCGCCGUACCUGCCUUCGUCCUCCUCCUCCUCAUCUACAUCUUCAUCAUGGUGUCCAACAUCGGCCUGGUGGUCCUGAUCUCCAUGGAGAAGAGCCUCCACCAGCCCAUGUACCUGCUCUUCUGCAACAUGAGUAUCAACGAUGCCUUCGGGGCGACGACCAUCAUCCCUCGCUUGCUGAGUAACGUUUUUAUUCCAAUCACAGACCGCUACAUUCACUACAUCGACUGUGCUAUUCAGGCCUUCUGCGCUCACUUCAAUGGAGGCACCUCCCACACGGUGCUCAUGAUCAUGGCCUUCGACCGCUACGUGGCCAUCUGUAACCCCCUGCGAUACGCCACCAUCAUGACCAACAGGAUGGUGGCGGCGCUGUCGGUGGUGGCGUGGACGGUGUCUUUUCUCUUGAUCGCGGUCAGCGUGGGGCUCAGCGUCCGUCUGUCUCGCUGCAGGCGGAUUGUUCUUAACCCGUUCUGCGACAACCCCUCCUUGUUCAAGCUGUCCUGUGAAAACGUCCUCAUCAACCACAUCUAUGGGCUCAUCAGCGCCAUGGGCACGAUGGCUGUGUCGCUCUUCAGUGUGGCGCUCACCUACCUGAGGAUCGCCAUGGUGUGUCUGAGCAGCAAGAACAAGGCUCUGAACAGCAAAGCGCUGCAGACCUGCACCACCCACCUGGCCGUGUACUUCAUCAUGCUGUUGUCAGGCUUCAUCAUCAUCAUCCUCCAUCGGUUCCCUCAAUUGUCAGACCACAGGAAGCUGGCGUCCGUCUUGUUCCACGUGGUUCCUCCCUCCAUGAAUGCUAUUAUCUACGGACUGCAGAUCAAAGCCGUUAGACAAAAGAUCAUGAUUAUAUUUAAGAGAAAUAAAAUGACUGUGUCAGUGUUGAAAUGA